AGAGAAGUUAGUGAGUGUUUGACCUUUGCCACGUGACUUACCGGCUCUUCAAGUGAAAUGCAACAAUUUGAGAUUGCAAGGAAUAUUGUGUCCAAGAGAGAUGACACUUUUGGGGACGAUUGCAAAAGUGUUUGUGAUUGUGAGUGCAUUGACUCAAUUGAUCAGGUGUCAACCAAAUUCACCUUGUCCUAGAAUUUUUAACUACAUUUACAAUGGACAACAUUGGCAGGGAGCUAUUGAAGUCACUAGUCCACCAAUUGGUGUCACUAUGAAUCUAGCUGUGGUUCUCUUAGUUCCUCAGAAAAUUGAUACAGAAGAUUUAGGAAGUCUCGAAUUGUGGAUUAACAGAGAAAAUACACUGCAAAGAAUUGCUAAUAAUCAAAAAGUGCGUUAUCGUGUAAAAUUUCCACCAGAAGCACCAAUUCCCAGAGUCUCAUCGAUCAUCUACAAUGGAAAACGUAUUUGUACUAAUAAACCUAAUUAUCUCGAAGGUCUUCUCGUCACACAAAUCCGUUUGGAGCACACACUCUACACUGCUCUGGCCAAGGAGAGACUUUCAGUUGGAGAAAACUACGAUAAGAUUGCAGAGAAAGGAGAGCCAGAAGUCAUCUUUCAGAAUCGUUUUGGCAUCACUAAACACACUGAACAACAAUGUGGAAAAAUUCAAUCAAAAUUCACAGUUACGAAUCUUAUGAUGUAUGGAAAUAAGAUGGAAAGAGGAUCAUGGCCCUGGCUAGUGGCUCUUCACGCCUACAAAUCAACCAGUUUGUCUUUUAUCUGCGGUGGAACACUUAUCUCUGACAGGAUUAUUCUUAGUGCUGCCCAUUGUUUUCACAAUCGACAUGAUCAACUAUUUGUUGCAUCAGAUGUUAUUGCCUUCCUGGGAAAGCACAAUUUGCGGAAACUGACGGAAAAAGACGCAGUCAUCGCAGAAAUAUCCUCCAUCGAGAUUCAUCCUGAUUUCUCCAGGAACAACGGUGAAGCUUUCGAUGCAGACAUUGCAGUGCUUAUUAUGCAAAAAUCCAUCGAUUUUGGCGAUUUUAUCCAACCAGCUUGCCUAAGGCAUUCAAAUAAACUCCCAUCUGGAAGAUUGGGAGUAAUUGUAGGAUGGGGUCGUGAUGAACACAACAAUCUCCUGACUUUUGAACCACGUCGCCUUGAGAUACCCAUUGUAUCAGAAGCUGAAUGCUUAGCAGCAGGAAAAGUCUUUAGUGUAAUCACAACUUCUAGGACAUUCUGUGGUGGAUGGAGGGAUGGAAAACGUGGUCCAUGUCAUGGUGAUUCAGGGAGUGGCCUCUUGAUUUACGAAGAUCACAAAUGGCAUCUUCUAGGAAUUAUAUCAAUUGCUGUUAAACAUCCAAUUUCCGGACUCUGUGAUCUUAGUCAGUACGUUGUAUUUACGGAUGUAUCGAAAUUUACGGACUGGAUUGAGCUAUUUUAGAAGGGGAUAUUAUGCCCCUAAAUUACCAAAUUUCAAGAUAAUUUGCCAUUAUGGUUAAGCACAGAAAAACUCAUUUGAAUUUUGUAUUUAAGUUUUUCAGGUAAGUUGUUUGACCAAAAAUAUUCUGGUGAUUCCAAUCACCAUGAAAAGACUAUCUUUUCACAGAGAGCCGUUACCUCUCAUUUAGACUUUACUUGUCCAUGGGGCAACAUUGGGAGUGAUUCGUUCUUCAUCCCAAAAAUUUUCUAAAGCUGUGACAAUUAAAUAUUUAUAUAUAGAAAAAAAUAGAAGCAAUAAAUAAAAAUGAUAUCACUGAGAAAGCAA